AUCUCAUACAGAAAGGGUCUCCACCCGAAUUUUCUAUACAAAGUUCACCAUCAUUGUUUUUAGACGUCAGCGAGAAUAAUUAUUUAUACCCCUGGACGCUGCGGGGUUAUUUUUCAGUCGCUGUUCCUGAUUUUCGACUGAUACGAGUUGCUAACGUUUACUUUCCCCUUUGAGGACUUAAAUCGAAAACAUCCUGUUGUCUAAUUCUAGGCCAGGGCUGCGAUGCUUAUAAAAGCCCGUGAAUUUUUCUCUUUGGUCUAAUUCUGUCACCGGCUCCAGUGCAGUAUUCCAGUGGUCGUCGCUGCAACAUACGAGUAUACACGAAGAGAAACCAUGAGGCCUUUACAGCAACUCAUACUUGGCACAGCCUUGCUGAUAUUAACAGCAGAAGGUUACACCUUACGCCAGUUCAAACUAGGUGACACAGGCUACCACACCAGAGCUUCCAACACAGCUGAUCCUAUUCAGGGCGAAGACAUGGCCUUCUGGAGGAGAGACGCCCAGGAGACGCUCCUGAAGCAGCUGAAGCUCAAGAACAAGGUGACGAAGGCGAAGAACAUCGUGUUCUUCUUGGGGGACGGCAUGUCUAUCUCGACUGUCACUGCUGCCAGGAUACUGAAGGGUAGUCAGACUGGUCUCUAUGAACGAGAGAAACUUGUCUGGGAAGAGUUCCCACACUCUGCUUUCAGCAAGACCUACACAGCAAACGCCCAGGUUCCAGACAGCGCCGCUACGGCAACGGCCUACCUCCACGGCGUCAAGUGCAACCAGGGAACGAUAGGUGUCGACUCCAACGUGAAAGAAAACGAUUGCGAGGCCAUGCGCAAUCCAGCGUUCCAGACCACUUCCAUCGCUAAGUGGUUCCAGGACGCUGGGAGAUCGACAGGCUUGGUCACGACCGCCAGAGUCACCCACGCCACACCCUCGGCCAUGUACGCCCAUACCGCCAACAGAGACUGGGAAGAUGACGAAUCUGUACUCAAAUCAGACCAGAACCCCGAACUUUGCGACGACAUCGCCGAACAGCUGAUCUUUGGUGAAACGGGAAAGAACUUCAAGGUCAUCCUAGGAGGUGGGCGGAGACACUUCACUCCAGAGAACGCCUCUGACGUUGAGGACGGAGAGCCUGGAUACAGAACCGAUGGCAAAAACCUUAUUGAUGCCUGGAAGGAAGACAAGGCUUCCAGUGGUUUCAGAGCUUCCUACGUCUGGAACAGACCUGAUCUUGAUGCAGUGGACAUCAAAAAUACUGAUUACCUCAUGGGGCUGUUUUCCUAUUCACACAUGGCCUACGCUGUCGAAAGGGACACAGCGAUGGAUCCCAGCCUGCCGGAAAUGACAAAGAAGGCCAUCGAAAUGCUUCAGAAGGACAAGAAUGGAUUCUUCUUGCUAGUAGAAGGUGGCAGAAUUGAUCAUGGAAACCACAUGAACUCAGCCAGAAGGUCGCUGACGGAGGCUGUGGAGUUAGACCAAGCCGUUCAAGUAGCUCUGGAUAUGACCAACCCAGACGAAACUAUCAUCCUGGUCACCGCUGACCACGCCCACUCACUCUCUAUCAACGGGUAUCCGGACAGGCACAAUGAUAUCUUGGGAAUUGGUGAGGUCAGCAAGAGUGACAAUGUGUCUUACACAACUGUGCUCUACGCUACCGGGCCAGGUCACGAGAUUACUCCAGAGUGCAAGCGUCCAGACCCGUCUGGAGUGGAUACAACUGAUAAGAACUACAAACAGACAUCAGCUGUGCACAGGAACUCUUCAACUCACGAAGGGAGUGACGUAGGAAUUUGGGUCACCGGCCCUCACUCCCACCUGUUUACGGGUGUCUACGAGCAGAAUUACAUCCCUCACGCCCUUGCUUACGCCGCCUGCGUUGGGGAUGGGCUCAGUUUCUGCGAAAAUGAAUGAAUGAUUGGAAGUUUUCUGGCAUCCUGACAUCGAAGGUCAUUGACGCCGAUAAGGAGAUGAUUAUGAUUUAAAAAAAAGAAGUAAUAGACUAAGAUCUUGAGAAGGAUAUGAAUAUGUAGACCUAUAGUCUAUAAGCUGAUGGUUCGAGAUGCAAGAUUCCAAAACAACCGGUAGUAGUUCCAGAUGCUUUCAUCUGAAGGUUUUCGAAUGCCUGUCUUAGAAGAAGAAGAAGAAUUAGAUGAAGAAUGGUAUUUGGAGCUUUAGUUCUUAUUUUCCAUCCCAAUAUUACGUAAUUGCGAAGAGAAUGUAGAAGAAUCUCAUUGGUUUCAUCCAAAAAAUCUCCAUCUUUAUCAAAUUUAUUGUUACUUGAGAGUGAAAAGGUAUUUGUACACGAUUCAGUAUUCCAAACAUAUGAUAAAUAAAAACCUUGUAAG